AGUUGCCAGCAUAACUACUAUGAGGAUGCAAAAGCCUAUGGAUUCAAAAAUAAACUAAUUAUAGUUGCAGCUGAAACAGCUGGAAAUGGAUUAUAUAACUUUAUUGUUCCUCUCAGGGCAUACUAUAGACCAAAGAAAGAACUUAAUCCCAUAGUACUGCUGUUGGAUAACCCGCCAGAUAUGCAUUUUCUGGAUGCAAUCUGUUGGUUUCCAAUGGUUUACUACAUGGUGGGCUCUAUUGACAACCUAGAUGACUUACUCAGGUGUGGAGUGACCUUUGCUGCUAAUAUGGUGGUUGUGGAUAAAGAGAGCACCAUGAGUGCCGAGGAAGACUACAUGGCAGAUGCCAAAACCAUUGUGAAUGUGCAGACACUUUUCAGGUUGUUUUCCAGUCUCAGUAUUAUCACAGAGCUAACUCACCCAGCCAACAUGAGAUUCAUGCAAUUCAGAGCCAAAGACUGUUAUUCUCUUGCUCUUUCAAAACUGGAAAAGAAAGAGAGAGAGAGAGAUUAUUCAUUUGUGAAGGAUUAUAUGAUUUCUAUCACGAGACUUCUGUUGGGACUGGAUACUACACCAGGAUCUGGGUUUCUUUGUUCUAUGAAAAUCACUGCGGAUGACUUAUGGAUCAGAACUUACGCCAGACUUUAUCAGAAGUUGUGUUCUUCUACUGGAGAUGUUCCCAUUGGAAUCUACAGGACUGAGUCUCAGAAACUUACUACAUCUGAGUCUCAAAUAUCUAUCAGUGUAGAAGAGUGGGAAGACACCAAAGACUCCAGAGAACAAGGGCACCACCGCGGCAAUCACCGCAACUCCACAUCCAGUGAUCAGUCGGACCAUCCCUUGCUGCGGAGAAAAAGCAUGCAGUGGGCCCGAAGACUGAGCAGAAAAGGCCCAAAACACUCUGGUAAAACAGCUGAAAAAAUAACCCAGCAGCGACUGAACCUCUACAGGAGGUCAGAAAGACAAGAGCUUGCUGAACUUGUGAAAAAUAGAAUGAAACACUUGGGUCUUUCUACAGUGGGAUAUGAUGAAAUGAAUGAUCAUCAAAGUACCCUCUCCUACAUCCUGAUUAACCCAUCUCCAGAUACCAGAAUAGAACUGAAUGAUGUUGUAUACUUAAUUAGACCAGAUCCAUUGGCCUACCUUCCAAACAGUGAGCCUAGUCGAAGAAACAGCAUCUGCAAUGUCACUGGUCAAGAUUCUCGGGAGGAAACUCAACUUUGAUAAAAAAUAAAAUGAGAAACUUUUUUCCUACAGGGACCUUGCUUGGAACCACAAAAGUUUUGCUGACACGAAAGAAACUAGAUGGAAAUACUUGUAAUUCUCUCAUAUUUAAAAACAUAAUCUCUUCUCUUAGAAGUAUAGAUCAUUUUGAAAUUUAAUGUACUACUUACUGGUACUCUCCCUGUUAAUAGUUGAAGGACAUCAAUGGAAUAGAUUUGAAAAGCUAUAUUAAAAUACAAAAAUUUAAAUCUAACAUUUAAUUAUUUUAUAUUAAUCCAAACUAUAUGAAACCAAUUUUAAAAAUUAUUAAGGUUUUAUGAAAUUGACAAAAUCUAACUCUAUUUGGUGCAUCACAAUGGACACAGAAUGUUGCUGCUCCUCUUAAAAAUUAAAUGUGUCAUAUCAUAUUCUUUAAACUUACUGUUUUAUAAAACUGAGCUCAUCAUACUUGUCUAGUCUUCUCUACAUAGAGAUUAACCAACAAACUUGUGUGGCUGACUUUUGUGUAAGAAUCAUAGUUUGCUUUAGAAUACAAAUCUUUAAGUCAUUUUAACUUUUUUUCUCUGCCUUAUGAUAUAAAAAUAUUUAUCUUAGAAUUUGAGAUGUUCAUAGCAUGUUUUACACUGAAGAAACUAAAACUUAAAUAAAAAGAAACACUAGGUUCCUGCACUUUUUGGUAAUUUUAUGUCUAGCAAACAUU